AAGGGACGGAGGCGCGAGGUGAUGACCAGGGUGGCCUGCAGGCCCACUGAGGGCUUCCGGAGGAAACGGCCCAAAGGCUGCUGGAAGAAAGACGAAACACCCUGAAGACAACGGGAAAAUAACACGGGAAGUUCCGGGGGAGAAGGAUGGGGGGAUAGGGUGCGAGUAGUUUACACUGGGUCCAUUUGGCCAAAGCUCCUAACCUAGGAAGAGCUGAGACCCCAUCUUUUUUGGGGCGGGGGGGGCUUAAACAAUAGAAAUUUAUUCUUCCACAAAUCCGGAAGCUGGAAGUCUGAGAUCAAGGUGUCAGCGGGGUUGGUUUCUUCUGAGGUCUCUCUCCUUGGCUUGUGGAUGGCCGUCUUCUCUCUGCGCCUUCACAUGAUCUUCCUCUGUGUACGCCUUGCGUUAUAUGAGAUUCCAUCUUGCUAGCAGGUUCGCUCUGGACACUCUCCUUGCUGACUUGAUGAAGCAAGUGGCCUUGGUGGCCCAGGAAUUCCAGGGGCCAUCUAAGAACUGAGGGCAGUCUCCAGUGGACAGCCAGCAAAAAGCCAAGGCCUCAGUCCUAUAGCUCUCCGCGCCCGUUCCUCACGUCCCCCGGAGUCGCCAGACUGGGUUUGCGAGUUGCUGCGUCCAUGUAGGUCCCGAGGCGGCAGCGGCCGCCGGGAAUCAACCCGAUGAAGCCGGGAAGCGGACAGAAGUCUUUUGGGAGAGCGCGCAGCGAGGCCUCGGGUGCCCGGCCGGAGAGGCCCUCGGGCGAUGCCGGAGGGAGUCCAGCGCCCGCCCCGGGGCCUCGCCUGGCCUGCCGGUGGGGACGGGGGCGGGGCACCCUCCCUUAAACCUUCCUGUAGCCCCAGAGCGCUCAUCCCAGCUCCCCGCAUUUAACUAUAGCUUGAGAAAUAAGUGGAAGAACGAUCCUACAAUGCUGGGAAGACUCUGAGUCAACUUUUUGUCCAUGGUGAUUUCUGGCUUUUUCUAUCGUGGGGUGUUUGCCGUAGCUACUACUCUGAUAGCCUCUUAAGACCAGAAUGCAAUGUGUGUUACUUUAAGGCUUCUUAUAUUCUGGUUUUCUGGUUUCACGCUACUUUUUCUUUUCGUUUCCCUAGAUGCCAGUGCCCAAGUCAUUCUCAUACUUACUCCCAAGAUGGCUGUUUCAAAUAUUAGAUAUGGAGCAGGAGUUACAAAGGAAGUGGGCAUGGACCUACAAAACAUGGGUGCUAAAAAUGUUUGUUUGAUGACAGACAAGAACCUCUCCCAACUCCCUCCUGUACAGACAGUGAUGGAUUCCUUAGUGAAGAAUGGCAUAAACUUUAAGGUUUAUGAUAAUGUGAGGGUGGAACCAACCGAUGGAAGCUUCAUGGAAGCUAUUGAAUUUGCCAGAAGGGGAGCUUUUGAUGCCUACGUGGCCAUGGGUGGCGGCUCCACCAUAGACACCUGCAAAGCCGCUAAUCUGUAUGCAUCCAGCCCUGACUCUGAUUUCCUGGACUACGUCAAUGCCCCCAUUGGGAAGGGAAAGCCUGUGACUGCGCCUCUUAAGCCUCUGAUUGCAGUCCCAACUACCUCAGGAACUGGGAGUGAAACUACUGGAGUUGCCAUUUUUGACUAUGAACGCUUGAAAGUAAAAACUGGUAUUGCUUCGCGAGCCAUCAAACCCACACUGGGCCUGAUCGAUCCGCUGCACACCCUGUACAUGCCUGAGCGGGUGAUCGCCAACAGUGGCUUCGAUGUGCUUUGUCACGCCCUGGAGUCCUACACUGCCCUCCCGUACCACAUGCGGAGCCCCUGCCCUGAGAAUCCCAUCACUCGGCCAGCCUACCAGGGCAGCAACCCCAUCAGUGACAUUUGGGCAGUCCACGCACUGAGGAUCGUUGCCAAGUAUCUGAAGAGGGCUGUCAGAAAUCCUGAUGAUCUUGAAGCAAGGUCUAAUAUGCACUUGGCAAGUGCUUUUGCUGGCAUUGGCUUUGGAAAUGCUGGUGUUCAUCUGUGCCAUGGAAUGUCUUACCCAAUUUCAGGCUUAGUGAAGACAUAUAAAGCAAAGGAUUAUAAUGUGGAUCACCCACUGGUGCCUCAUGGUCUUUCUGUGGUACUCACCUCCCCAGCAGUGUUCACUUUCACGGCACAGAUGUCUCCUGAGCACCACCUGGAGAUGGCAGAAAUACUGGGAGCCGACACCCGCACUGCCAGGAUCCCAGAUGCUGGGCCCAUUUUGGCAGACACGCUGCGGAAAUUCUUAUUCGAUCUGGAUGUGGAUGAUGGCCUAGCUGCCAUUGGCUACUCCAAGGCCGAUAUCCCCGCACUAGUGAAAGGAACACUGCCCCAGGAAAGGGUCACCAAGCUUGCACCACGCCCUCAGUCAGAAGAGGAUCUGUUUGUUCUGUUUGAAGCGUCAAUGAAACUAUAUUAAUUUUCAUUUUCACUGAAAGAAUUAGCAUUGGCCGUCGUAAUUCUGAAAACAGAAGUUGAUCUAGCAAGAGCUUUGUCUUUUCACCUCCACACAUAACUUCCCUGUUACCAGCUUGAAUGUGAUAUAAUUUUAUCCUGUAGAAGAUUCCCUGAUGCUCCAAGUCCAGCUACUUCCAUAGAACACACUGGACAAAUGCCCACCAUGCUGGACCCUCAGCCAGACUUUAGAGGUCCAUGUUCCUGCCCCAAACCCUGCAGACUACACCUGCUCCAUGUAUCAAAAGGGCAAACACUCAGUAUCUACCAAAAAUAUUAAUGUGUAUAUCCUAUGCCCAGUGAUCAUCAACCCCACAUCUAGAAAUUUAUCCUAUAAAAUACUACAAGUGUGUAAAGAAAUAUGGCAAGGAUGUUUCUGGCGGUGCAUUUUCUAAUAAUAAAAAAUUUG